CUUUAGCAUAACACAAAAUAAUCUCAUACGACCGAUGAUUUCACAUAUUAUAUUUCAUUAGAGUUAUAAACAAGGAUAAUCUCACUACUUUUCUAGAUGUGAAGUUUAUGGCUUUUCACGCAUCGGAUCUUGGACCAGUCUGUGAUAGGCUACUUUUCACACCAGUAGAAAGAAAACUACAUGGAGGAGUGGCGUAGUUCGGCGUGAGUACAACAAGUGUCACCGCAUCAUGAUAUCCAAUUCAACACACACCAUCAUCACCCUUUCUUUUAUAUCACACUGCACUCUGACCCUGAUCUGAUUUUCUCAUUUGAGGCACCGACCAUAAUGUAAGAAUGAAUUACAUUUUGCUGCUGAUUUUCUGACAGCAUACCUGUGUCCUCUCCUCGGUCCACGCCACUGAGAGUCGUCCCCGUAGCAGCUUGAACGCAUGAGGGGCAGUGAUGCUGUGAAUCGUACCCCCUUUUUUGUUUUAUUUUGUUUCGUUCCUCUUCGCAUGGGCUCCAGGCGUUCCUGAAUGCACGAUGAAGAAGCAGAACGUUCGGACCCUGUCUUUGAUCCUGUGCAUGUUCUCUUACCUGCUCGUGGGGGCUGCGGUGUUUGACGCGCUGGAGUCUGAGUCCGAGAGCUCCAAAAAGCGGAUCUUGGAGCAGAAACGCAACGAGAUGAAGAGGAAGUAUCGCUUUUCCGAGGUUGACUACCGGGAGAUCGAACGACUUGUUCUGCAAGCUGAGCCUCACCGCGCCGGCAGACAGUGGAAAUUUGCCGGAUCUUUUUAUUUUGCUAUUACCGUGAUUACAACCAUAGGUUACGGCCAUGCGGCCCCAGGCACCGACGCGGGGAAGGUCUUUUGCAUGUUCUACGCGGUGCUGGGCAUCCCUCUCACCCUGGUGAUGUUCCAGAGCCUGGGCGAGAGGAUGAACACCUUUGUGCGCUACCUGCUCAGCCGGGUGAAGCGCUGCCUGGGUCUGCGCUCCACCGAGGUCUCUAUGGAGAACAUGGUGUUCGUGGGCUUACUCUCCUGCCUGGGCACGCUGUGUUUUGGUGCGUCUGCCUUCUCCUAUUUCGAGGGGUGGACUUUCUUCCACGCUUACUACUACUGCUUCAUCACGCUCACCACCAUCGGCUUUGGCGAUUUCGUGGCGCUGCAGAAGACAGGUGACCUGCAGGAGAAGACCCCAUACGUGGCCUUCAGCUUCAUGUACAUCCUGGUGGGGCUGACGGUGAUCGGGGCCUUCCUCAACCUGGUGGUGCUGCGCUUCCUCACCAUGAACACUGAGGACGAGCGUCGCGACGCGAGGGAGCGCACCUCCAUUAAGAGGGGGGGCCGGGACCUGCUCGCCCUGGGGAGCGCCGGGGGGCGGGGGCGGCGGUCAGAAUGGGCACGGACGCAGCCACAGCACCCUCUUCCUCCCCAUGGAGGAGGGCACCAGCCGCAUCAACCUCAUCCCCUCUCCGGCCGAAGAGCAGGCUGACGCCAGGCACGUCCAGCGCCACCUGUACCACUGCGCACAGCAGCCUCCCCCGCUGGCCCUCUCGCGGCCCCACCAGCCCCGGAGCCGGUCUGGCCUCAGCUCUCUCUGCUCCUGCCUGUGCUACAAGUUGGGGAUGUGUGACGGCCCCUUGCCCUCAACGCACGAGCACACGGGGGGCCACAUCAACUCUGUCUAUUCCAACUCCAUCUCCUACAGGAUCCAGAGUGGAACCCCCAGCCCCAGAGACAACACGGGGCUCUCUUCCCCAGGUAGUACACUCUCCCCCGGCCACUGCUUCCGGGAGUACCCCCGCUCACGCAGGAAGUCCGUGUAGCUUUUUUAGUGUUCCUUAACUCACUGCAGUAGUGUUGUUUAUGUGUAUGUACAUACUGUUCACUUUAUAUACGGCGCUGUACAUAUCACCAUAUUUUUAAUAUGCAGCAACAGAAACUAAAGGAAAUCCACAUACAGUUCAACAAAAACAGCCAAAUACUUUUCAUUAAGCAGUAUUCACAAUAUUUGACACUAUUUAUUAUCUUCCAAAUGCUAAAUGCAUUCUUCCUUGCGUACAUGAAAAUAGGCGUUUAUACUUUACUCUUUCCUCUCAAAUAGCUGUCAUGGACACUUAAUGAACAACAUAGUCUUUUUCUUUAUUUUACACAAGUUAGAAGAUGUCCUGGGUGAAAAUGGGUGUUGCGUGUUAAUUGACAUUCAUUUUCAUUUCAUUUCUAUAUAAAUAAAUAUGGUACUGAUGACAGAACCAUAUUCCUAUCAGCAGCACUCUGCUACAAUAGAGAGAUCACACUCUAGUAUUACAACCAAAAAGAAUAGCUGCUUCCAUAGAAUUUAUAUCUCCUUGGCACAAGCCCUGAUGGAGGCUGACUGGGAGAGUCUUCCUUUUUGGGCUAAAGAGAUGAGACAUAUCGCAUCACCAUGCUGCACACUCCUGUCAGAAAUCUGUCCUUUCAUAUUUAUGAGAAGACUGUAUGAGAAUAUUAAAGUUAGACCGCUGAAAUGGUUUUAAAUUAGCCAUUCUCUCCAAGCACAAAUUAAUAACUAAUCCUGUCUCUUGGUUUUUCAUUGGCUGUGAUGGCACAGCCCUGCAUGUUACAGUGGUUUCUCGCACUGAUCUUCGGGUCAUAUGCAGACAUCGUCACUACUUAUUAAUGUGCACUAUUUAUUAAUGUACUUUCAGAGAUCAGUUUGUGACUGAGCAAAUGUUGCAUGUGCUUGAUGUAGAGUCCACACGUGUGCGUACAGCUUACCUUACUUAACAUGUACUCUGCUAAUAGAACACCUGAAAACCUUCAGCAGACUCGCAGCUUGUAGCAGUUCUCACACGCAGAUGACAUAGCAGCCAUGUUUUGUUGAAUAAUGAAACACCUCCAUGAAAGGAAGAUAAUCAUAUCGCGAAACUAUCCUCGGAUGACUUAAAAUAACAGCAGUGGCAAACAUCCGAUCACAAAUAGAAAGCGCUCCCUCAGCGGGGGAGUGGCUUGCACUCUCCUUGGGUGAUGCCAGGAGUGUCAUUUGCAGCCCGGGAUGGCGCGCUAAAACAGUUGGCACCAGACACCGCCCCAUGUGGCACUCCUACCUGCUCCUGCCUGCCAUGCUAUCCUCACUUACUGAGAAAUGUUAACGAGAGAGGGGGGCGCCAACAGGUCCCCAGGCUGCACAGGUGACGGUGAGGAGUCACAGGAGGCACCCCAGCCAGUGUUCAAGAGAGAGGCAUGUGGCACCGAGCAGAUCACUUUAUAAUGAGAUGGCAGAGUGGGGGGGACAACGUGUGUGGUCCCACGGGGAGUUAAAUGUGUGAUAUGUAGUUUUUUUCUGGUCAAAAAUGGAAAUAUAAAUACAACCAUAAUGAUUUCUUUCAGGGAGUAGGUCAUAUUUACCUAUAUUCCUAAGCAUUCUGUGAAUCUAGAUGCUUUAUUUCCAGUGUUUUUAUGUAUUUUGACAUUUAAGAUUCACAAUGCAUGGGAAUAUUGCCACUUUUUGUUUUUGGUCAUACAGAAUUAGAGCAUUGUUGUGAGUGAGGCAUUUCUUGCAGAAUAACAACAACAUAUUGCACCUUUAAACUCUUGGGCAGGCUCUUACCCAUGGAAUCAAUGAUGUUCCCUGUUGUUUCCCUCAGGGUAAAGGUUUAUGUUUUGGAGAUUAAACACAGUGACAUCCUGCUAUUGGAAACACAUCAUAAUUCAACAAAACAAACAAAUCACCGAUAAUGCUCAGCUAAUGUGUCUUGGAUUUCAACGUUGAAAUUUGCCACUAAUUCCAGCUCCUGGUUCGCCAGAAACUGUAAAAUUUAAAAGUACAAAUGUUUUUAUAUGUUCAAAAAUGAUGUUUCUUGCUCAGCAGUUCUAGGUUUAGAAUCAGGGAAGACACAUGGUUAAUCUGGGAGAAAUGCUUUUUCCAAUUUGUGUGUGUGCUUACCUCUCUGCAGGUAAAAAUAGAACCGAAUACCUGAUUGUACAAUUAUCACACCUGAAUAAAUCUUUCAGAGAAACCGUA